AUGUGGAACUUCGCUAAAGAUGGCGCUUUUCCCCAUGACAAAGUACAUUCCAACUAUGUCACCGGAGUAAUCAAAGAAAUGUGUUCUGAUUUUGUGAGAACUAACGGGCCCCAAAUAGAUGCAACUCUCGAGUCAGUUUUCAACAAAUUGAAAAAAAGCAAUGCCGAUGUGCUGACUCAGGGAAAACAGACAUUUUGUCCUUUCAAGAAACAAAAUGUGACAGCAUCACAAGCUUACGAAGAAGCUCUAAUUUUCUUAGAGAAUAAUACGCAAAACCAAAUAUGA